UCAUAAGGGGGGAGGCUCCAUACUCUGACAAGCACAGAACACCGCUGGAGCAGCGCACAAACCCCUCACUGUGCACUGGAGGAGCGCAGCUUUACGGUUCCGCGUGUAUGGAUACUUUUAAUUGCAGUGAUGUGAACUUCAGCAUAAUACGUUAACUAAGCGCAAGGGCUGGGGCUUAAUUAUCGAGGGACCAACUUUGUUUGUACCACGUCCAUGCUGUGACUCUCAACCCUCCUCAGGUACACAGCAGGCGGGAUGCGGGGCAGGGAGGUGAGGAUGUGCUGGAGAGUCUGCACCCUGCGGCUCCUAGCCCUCUGCCUGGCGGUGCUGCUCUGCACCCACUUCUCUGCUGAGCUGAUGAGGAGGUCGGGGCCCUCUGCUGGUCUGAUGGUGAGGGAUACAGUCAAGGAGCCUGGCACAGAGGGGCACAGCAGGAGGACAGAAGAGGUUCCCAGCAAGAGGCAGGUGAUCUAUGUGAGGAGGAGUAGCAGCAGAGGGGGCAGCCCUGGAGGACACGGCUCGGCUCCUCAAAAGAGAUACCCCAAAGCGCCUAUACGAUGGCACAUAGACUUGCAGCCCUGGGCUAGUACCUCACAUUCACUUAACGAUGAAGCUAGCCGCUUUCUCAACUACAUUACCAAAUCUCAGAUUUCAUGCUCUCAGAUUGUGAAAAAUGGAGUCAAAGAAAAAACGGAGAGCCCUAUCAAGCCUUGGACUAUCUGCUUGGAUAAUAAAUUUAACUUGGCACAGCAGAUCAGAAAUAAACAAUGUCGUGUUUACUCAUUGGGGUUGGGUGAAGAUGACAACCUGUUUGAGAUAAAUAUGGCUAACAAUGGCUGUGAGGUCCAUCGGUUUGACCCAAGCAUUAGAUCUGCUCAUAUUCAUGAAGGGGAACGUCUCUGGCACCAUCGCCUCUCCAUUGAUUGGAGAGAUCCCAAUCCUGCUAUUGCCUCACAUAAUUUACACAGCAACACUAAAAAACUAGGCAUUAUCCUAAAUGAAUUUGGGCACUCGAAGGUUGAUGUUCUUAAAGCCGAUAUGGAAAGUGCAGAGUGGAAGAUCCUGGAAAAUCUAAUUUUAGAAGGUGUUAUUGAACAAAUAGGUCAGCUUGUUCUCGAGAUUCACCUCCAUUGGCCUGGUUUUGAAGUUAGUGGAAAUGAUAGUACUGUUGUCAGAUACUGGUAUAGCCUCUUCAAAGAACUAGAGCGUAAGGACUUCAAGCUUUUCUACACUUUCAAGGAUUUAUCAAAACCACAAAUGUUCCUUAGAAAAGAAGACUACAAUGCAAGCAGCUGUUAUAUUCUUAGCUGGGCAAACACCAGGUGGACAUAGCUCUGAAAGUUAAAAAUUAUUAUGUGCAUAACAUACAAUGUGAUAACCAAAGGUCAACAACACUAACUAAAAUAUUGUUGUGUUGUAUGAUUCUUAAUGAAGGGAAAUACUAAAUUUGCAACAUAAACUUUUAUAUAAAAGACUGUGCCUUGGACUAAAAUGAACGUACCUUAAACUGAAAUGAUAUACAGCAAACAAGCAUGUUUAGCAAACAAGGGGCCAAUGAAUCUGCAAACAGGACUGCCUUAUCUCUUACUCACUGGCAUACAUUCACCAAACUGAAAGAACCCUUGCAAUUCCUUUUUAUGUACCCGUUUUCCACAAUGACUUUACAAGAUGGCUCAGGAAGUAACGUCAUUUUUUCUAUGAAAAAAGUGCCAAAUGCUUAGGGGAUUGUCUUACUUUGAUACUUUAUAUCUUCUGAGGUAAAUUUGUUUGGCAUACUGUGCAACAGGAUAUUUUUUAAAAUCACUUUAUAUAAGGUUAGGGACGAUAUAGUUAAUUUGAUUUAAAAAAAAAAAGAAGUAAUUUUAAUGUAAUAAUAUUAAUAAUGAAAUAUUUAGUGAGAGAAAAAACACAACUGGAUUGUGUUUAAAAGAACUGUGAUUACAGUUGUAUUUUUAUGUAUUUAUUUAAAGUCUAUCAAAUGUAAAAAAAAAAAAAAAUUAAAAUGCAACUUACAUCCAACAGGUUUUUGACCGGUUAUGCAGCAAUGUUUCUUCAUUCAAAUAAAAAUAAAAAACAAAAUCAGACAGUAGUGGCACUGUAGGUCUAUUUAAUUAAAGAUUUGCUGAUUACA